AGUGCCACCUGCAGGACAAACGAACGCUGUCCGCCAGCACAAGCAUCCACCAGUUGGCCGCUAACUGCUCCAAUGGAGGGAUGGAGGAAAACAGGACACGGAACAAACUGACGUUUCCUUCUCAAGUGGACGUUCGGCCGCUCCGAUAUUAGGCGGUUCGCAGUCACUGCAACCUUGCUGCCUUCCAGCAACUGUCAUGCCUUAUGGAGUAUUCAGCCCCCGCCCCCACCAGCGGCAGUGGAGCGGGAUCCAUGCUUCCAGCAAUUAGCACCUCCCUGGUGCCUUUUUGACCACGCUUUGUGAACCGCAUCACCACAGCUCUUUGAUUUUCAAACUCUUCUGACAAUUCAGCGCCCCUUUUUGAGAGCCCCGAUCCCCUAUCAUGAGAUUCCGAAUCUACAAGAGGAAGGUGGUGAUACUGACUCUGGUGGUUGUCAUUUGCGGCCUAGCCUUCUGGAGCAGUGGACGACAGAAGAAAAGCGACACUUUCCCGAAGGAAGCAGAGGCGGUGAGGAGAGGUAACGGCAUUGGCAGCAGUAGCCUCAACAAUCAUAUCCAGUUACCAGCCACGCCUGCUGUUAGCCGAGCACCCGUUCCGCCUCCGGUCGUCCAAACAAAUGAGACGCGCCUGGAAAGAACAAAAGGUAAUGAAAACAAAGCAAACAUGGACAAUACUACGUUGGUGUACCGUGGCAUCGUCUUCCAGCUUAACUUUGACCAGACGAUAAGAAACGAGGAGAAGUUUAAAGCAGCGCGCCAGAAGGACGACCUGGUUGUGGUGGUCCAAGUCCACAACAGACCAGAUUACCUGAAGCUGCUAGUGGACAGCUUGCGGAAAGCCAGAGGAGUGGAAAGCAUACUGCUGAUAUUCAGCCAUGACUACUGGUCCCCCGAGAUCAACAAAGUAGUCAGCUCAGUGGACUUCUGUCAAGUCCUUCAGAUUUUCUUCCCAUUCAGCAUCCAGCUGUACCCACAGGAGUUCCCCGGUAACGACCCCAAGGACUGUCCGAGGGACAUUCCAAAAAAGGAGGCCUUAAAGCUGGGAUGCAUAAACGCAGAGUACCCCGACUCGUUCGGGCACUACCGUGAGGCCAAGUUCUCCCAGACCAAGCACCACUGGUGGUGGAAGUUGCACUUUGUUUGGGACAGAGUCCACGUCCUCAAGCAUCAUGAUGGUCUUGUCCUGCUGACCGAGGAGGACCACUUCCUGUCUCCCGACUUUAUCCAUCUGCUGAGGCUGAUGUCGACCCUGAAAAGGGAGCAGUGUAGUGACUGCGACAUCCUGUCGCUGGGCAGCUACAGCCACAUCGGCUACUCCAGCAAAGCCAACAAGGUGGAAGUAAAGGCGUGGAAGUCCACGGAGCACAACAUGGGCAUGGCUCUGAGUCGAGAGACCUACCAGAAGCUCAUGCGGUGCACGGACACGUUCUGCACCUACGAUGACUACAACUGGGACUGGUCUUUGCAACACUUGACCGUGUCCUGCCUGCCUUCUUACUGGAAGGUCAUGGUCAGCGAGGCGCCACGGAUUUUCCACGCUGGGGACUGCGGCAUGCACCACAAGAAGACCACUUGCAUGCCAGCCAGCCAGAAAACAAAGAUAGAAAAUAUCCUGCAGAGCAGCGGGAACCAGCUGUUCCCCAAGAACCUCCUGAUCACCAAGAGACUGCCAUCCAACGGGGCCGGAGGGGUGGCCCCGCAUGUGAAAAAUGGGGGCUGGGGAGAUAUCAGGGACCAUGAACUCUGCAAGAGUUACGUUCGAUUACAGUGACCUUAAUUGUUACGAUUUGUCUCUUUUGCAUCCUCUAUAAAGAACGCCUUUUCAAACUAAAUCUUUAUGGAUUUUUCUUCAUAUUGCCUGUUUUACUGGACUGUUCCAAAUAAAGAUGAAUGUUGGAUCUUUGAAUGUUGAAUUAUUGUAUUCGACCGGCGUGUUCAGUUUUCUUCCAACUUGGCACAUUUUUGGCAUAGCGUGCAUGUUUCCUGUCUGAGAUCUUAGGGCCUGUCCACACUGGAACGUUUUCAGGUGAAAACGCUAAAAGUAUUUAAUUGUUUCAGCCUUUCAUCCACAUGGCUACAGUGUUCUGGGUGCCCAUCUAUCUUCCGCCUAUCUGAGGUCAGGUCACGGAGGCAGCAGUCUGAGCUGGGAAGCCGAGACUUUUCCUCCUCCCGGCGGAUCCCAAGGUGUUCCCAGACCAGUUGAGAGACUAGCGGGUGGACGUGCCCUGAACACUUCCCCAGGGAGGCAUCCAGGAGGCCUCCUGACCAGAUGCGCGAGCCACCUCAUCUAGCUCCUCUCAGUGCAGAGGAGCAGCGGUUCUACUCGAGGUUCUCCCGGUUGACAGCAGUGCUUCUCACCUUCUUGCAAAGGGAGAGCCCAGCCACCCUAUGGAGGAAACUCGUUUCGGCUGCUUGCACCCGUGAUCUUGUCCUUUCGGUCACUACGCAAAGCUCAUGACCACAUGUGAGGAUAGGAAUGUAGAUGGGCCGGUAAAUUGAGAGCUUUGCCUUUCGGCUCAUCUCCCUCUUCACCUCAACGGACCGAUGCAGAGGCCGCAUUACCGCAGACGCCGCACCAAUCCGCCUGGCGGUUGUACGUUCCAUCCUUCCUUCACUUGUGAACAAGACCCAGAGGUACUUAAACUCCACUUGGGGCAGGAUUCCCUGACCCGGAAUGGCACGCCACCCUGUUCCUUGCAAGAAGAGGGACUCUGACUUGAGGGGCUGAUUCUUAUCCCAGCUGCUUCACACUCGGCUGCGAACCGAUCCAGUGAGAGUUGAAACAGUAUUUUUUUUUAAACUGCUUCCAGAGUGGGGAAAAUCUGACAAUGCCGCCUUGUCGUUGCCGUGUGGACACGCAAAACACGACACUCUAAGAACUAUGAUAUUGUCAAGUUGUUUUGGUGGGCUUAAGCCAGCCUGCACUUGAAAAGGUCGAGAAUAUCGUCAAGGAUGCUUUAUCAACUCAAGUCCGGUAGACUUUCUUGAGUUUUAUUUCACACUUCCAAUUUUGUUUACAGGUGCUUUUCGGGUUAGUUUGAUAAACUUGAAUCAACGAGGAACAGCACCAAAUUACUACUCAAGACUAAACACAGUUGUAACUUCGGAACAACCAUAGUUGGGUACAUAGCAGUGGUCGCUCCUCUCUGGUGUUCUCUCGUUACACUCGUUUUAAGUCGUGCUGUCUCUUGUUUAUCCACCUAAUUUACCUAUCAUUUACUUGAUACAACCACCUAGCAUCAUAUAAUGCACGUCAUAAGUCAAAGGCAUCACACUCAGUUUUGGAUCACAUUUUGUGACAGAGAUCUGAAAGUCAUGCAUUUUUAUCAUAAUUGUCAUACUCUUUGAUACGGUGAUGUACAGUCACGUGACACUUAUUUUUAACAAUAUAUUCUCAAAAAAGCCCAAUUUGAUUGAACAGAUACUUGACCAGAAGUGAGCAGUCGUGUACUGCUGCCCGAAAAGCCAACGUAAUAUCUGAAUAGUUUGACUGGCACAGCUCCAGUUGACAUUCUCCUGUAUAUUUUUAGUCUUAUACUCCAAAGUGGCUCGCAGAAGUAAUUUCACUUGGCCAUCAGUGUAGACAAGCCGGACAAACGGCAGACCUCAUGUGCAUGCGUUGGUUUUGAUGUGUCACGUAGUCUUAUCUGUGUGUCUGUUUACAGCGCCACAUGUUGGUGUGCCAUAUGUACUCCAUCUUUUACACCCAGUGACCCGUUCCCGUGUGGACAACCUUAGACAGCAUUCUGGAGAACCUUCUCUUGUUUUGUGGAAAGUAAUCCUGUCCAAUCCAAUCUGUCUUUUGGUAUGACAGAUUGUGUAAUUUCUUUUGGUCUGAUUUGGUAUACCACCUCCUUCCGGUGUCGUGAUGCUCCCCCCAGUGGUCCUGAUAGCUCCUUCAGCAGUAGUUCCUGGAAUUGAUGAUGUGGUAAAUAUCUGCGUCCAGGGGCACGGACUCUUGCCUGUUUUUCAUAGGCGGUAGUUCGUUUCUGGAUAAUCGCUUUGAUCGGUGAUUAGUUUAGCCUUGUUUGCUAGCAAUACUUGCAGCCUUACCGUUUCCCAGCUUGAGGAUUUUUCAAGGAAUCAUUAUCUCAUGCCAGAAAAUAUUCAAGCUGAAGGUGUCUGCAAGCAAUCCUGUGAUCAGUGUCAGGAAAAGCGGCCAAAUAAUCCAAAACAAAGUAUGCAAACUCACUGCCUCAGUAAGCGGAUGCAUGACCGCUAGCAUAGUCAAAGUAAAAUGCAGCAGCCUCCUAGCGGUACCACCUGGAAAAAAAUUGUUUAUUUGAAGGGAGGUGUUUGUUUAUAGUGAACAGACCAUGGUAUGGCGUGUAUUGGAGUAUUACUGUAACAGCCUGCUUUUCAUGUGACAUCUACCCUGCUGUGUCGAGGUCACCCAAAUUAGCAAAUUGCUCUGCGACUCCUCAUGGACGUCCAAUAAUAACAAUAAUAAUCAGGCCUCUUGUCUCUGGGGACGGCUUAGAAUAGAUUGGGACUGGGAGGAAGCAGCGCUGGUCUAUGUGUAAAUGCUUUGCUGACGCUUUCAAAUCCUCACAAGAAUGUACGACGUACUUAAACCGCGGGACAGGACGGAAGCUGUUCAAGGACGAGAACUUGGUUUGGGCGGUUAAUGCUUUUUCCCAGAAACAAUUUGAGAGACGUGGCAUGAUGCACUGCUGUUGUCUGUGUUUUGUCCCCCAACACUGGACUCACAGCACUGCAACAGCAUUAAUCAUUCACAGGCGCUGUAAACAACAUGGCAGUCCCAACUAACGACUUCCUUUCUAACCAGGCUCUAUUUUCCUCUUUUUUUUUCAUCGGCAUGCAAAUAAAGAGAUGAAAUGCUUGCGCAGGUGUUUUGGGGGGGGGACAUAAAGUAGGUGAUAAAGACUUUAGAAAGCACUGAUGCUGACUAAGCCACUCGCCAUCGAUCGCUUUGUGAUGUCGCCGUUUGUUGCUUUAACGACCCGCCGGGCACUCUUACUGUCCUAAAUGCACGUCAUUAAAAAUGGACGGGUGCUUUUACUGUCUGCUUGGAAAUGAUGGUGAAAUAUUUAUACGCCGUAUAGAUUAGUAGAGUGCACUUGUACAGAGCAUGGGACAGCAUAAACGUAUAGACAUUUAUUGUGGGCUAUUCCUGCAGUACUACCCUCUAGUGGCCUGUCCUAACAUUA